UGUCACAAACAUGGAGCUGACUCGUGAUUGGCCAUUACCUCUCCCGGCUCUGCUGUUCUCUUGGUCAUGGGAACAAGAUGGACUUGCCCUGGACCUUCCCUACUUGUGCUCCUCUAUUAUGGGCAGCUCUUGUCAUGGCUCAGGACUAUGGGAAAGCCAACCGUAGAUGAGUUCUACAAUGAAACUCAGGCAAAGAUGUUCCUGAAGUUUUAUGAGCAAACAGCCCAAGUUGUGUUGAAUGAGUUCAUGGAGGCCACUUGGAACUAUGUCACCAACAUCACCAAGCGAAAUCGACAGACCAUGCUGCAGAAGGAGGCGGAGAGAUCUCAGUUCAUGUUGUACUUUGGUAGCCGAGCCCGCUUGUUUAAGACAGACCAUUUCCAGGACCCGGAAGUGAAGCGCAUGCUGAGUAAGCUGCAGAACGUAGACAAGUCGGCCUUGCCCACGGAGGAUCUCCGGGAGUACAACAGACUUCUGACCUACAUGGAGACAGCAUAUAGUACAGCUGAGGUGUGCCUGCAUGAGGGUCCCUGCUUGUCUCUGGAGCCUGACCUCCAAGAAAUCAUGGCCAAAUCCAGGGACCAGAAGGAGCUCGUGUGGGCCUGGCAGGGCUGGCGGGAUGCUGUAGGUCGCCAGAUCCGUCCUACCUUCGACUACUAUGUACAUCUCAGCAAUAAGGCAGCACAAUAUAAUGGGUACAAAGACAUGGGGGAUCUGUGGAGAUCCAAGUAUGAGUCUGACACCCUGGAGCAAGACCUGGAGAAGCUCUUUGAGGAGCUGCAGCCUCUCUACCUGAACCUCCAUGCCUAUGUGCGACGCUCACUGUACCGAUACUAUGGGCCUGAGAUCAUCCACCUGCGGGGGCCCAUCCCUGCCCACCUCCUGGGGAACAUGUGGGCUCAGUCCUGGGACAACAUCCUAGACUUGGUCCUGCCCUACCCAAAAAAGCCACCUGAGGACAUCACAAAGAUCAUGAGGGACCAGCACUGGAAACCUGACAAAAUGUUUCAAGAGGCUAAUAUCUUCUUUACCUCUAUGGGACUGCUGCCCGCCCCACCUGAUUUCUGGAUAAAAUCAAUGCUGGAGAGGCCAACUGAUGGGCGGGAAGUGGAGUGUCAUGCCUCAGCCUGGAAAUUCUACAAAAGCGAUGAUGUCAGGGUAAAGAAGUGCACCGAAGUGACCAUAGAAGACCUGCUCUCCAUCUUCCACCAGAUGGGCCAUAUCCAGUACUUCUUGCAGUUCCAGAACCUCUCUAUAAUCUACCAAGAAGGUGCCAGCCCAGCCUUUGAAGAGGCUGUGGGGUCGGUGAUCACCCUCUCAGCCUCUUCCCACAAGCACCUGCUCAACAGAGGUCUGCUCAGCCAACCGAACCAGGAUUCAGAGGAGGAGGUCAACUUCCUGCUAGGCAUUGCCCUGGAGAAGAUUGCCUUCAUCCCCUUCAGCUACAUGAUAGACGUGUUUCGUUGGAAGGUCUUUGAUGGCACUAUUACGAAGAGCCUCUACAACCAGGAGUGGUGGAACUUCAGGUUGAAGUACCAGGGCCUGUGCCCACCUGUUCCUCGGUCAGAAGAAGAUUUUGACCCAGGGGCCAAAUUCCACAUUUCUGCCAGUGUGCCCUACAUCCGGUAUUUCCUCAGCCUAGUGCUCCAGUUUCAACUUCAUGAAGCACUGUGCAGGGCCGCAGGUCACGAGGGCCCUCUGCACCAAUGUGAUAUCUAUAACUCCAAGGUGGCUGGGAAGAUGCUGGGGAACACCCUGAAGCUGGGCUCCAGCCGGCCCUGGCAGGAGAUCCUAAAGGAGAUGACUGGAGAGUCCAAUGUAUCCACCAAGGCCCUCUUGACCUACUUCAAGCCACUGCUGACCUGGCUGGUGGACGAGAAUAUGAAGCAAGGGGACAUUCUUGGCUGGCCAGACUUCAGCUGUUCUUUUGAAGGGAAAAAAAAAGUGUCAUUCCUGGGCAUGGAGAUGGAGCCUGAGCAGGCCCAAUUGGGGCAGUGGGUGCUACUGUUCAUAAGUUGCAUCAUGCUCCUCUUCAUCCUGGGGCUGGGCUGUAGGCUGCACUACUUGGAAAAACAGCCAUUGGACAAGGACACUAUGAGAUUCAGUACCCUGUCUUACACCCACUUCCUGGGCAUAGCCAUGGAACCCCGUCAGGCAGCCCGAAGACAGUGGAUCCUGCUGGGCCUCUGCUUCAUCCUUACCCUGUGCUCUCUUAGCCUGCUCAUUUGGAUGCUCACACAUCACAGGAGGAAAACUCCAUGGAUGAGAGCUGAGUCACAGCGCUGGGAGUAGCCACCAUAGAGACGGGUGAGACUGGGGGAAAAGGCAGGAGGAUGGCUGAGGCAGGAAGGAUGGAGGCCAGGGAGGAUAUGGUCUGCAGGCCUAGUGCCCAGCUGUAAUUGGGUGCAGCUGGGGCAGAUCUGCGAGCCUGUGUGACUGUGUUUGCAAAGCUGUGAGGCAGGCACAAGUGACUGACCUUGUGUGAUCCAUGCAUAUUCUGAGUUCUGGGCCAACCAACCAUACUUUCCCACAGUGACUCAAAGACAAUCGUUUAAGUGAGUCAGUGGCUGGACCCCUUUGAAGCAGCCUCUACACCAAGUCAUACGGAGAACUGAUUCUCCACACAUCUUUUGUUAUUUUUGUUGUUGUUUUUCAGGAGCUUAGCUAUGGUGCUUAGCUAGGGUUGCAGGAGCCAAGGAAUCUCUAGAAAAAGAACCUGCUGCAGUCUGCUUAUAAACUGCCCUUCACUAGGACUAGGCAUUCCUUUAGGAAUUGCUGAUGCCCAGUUCCCAAGUCCUGUGUUCUGUAUAUAGCCUACAGCACUCUAAUCACCUCUAUCGUGCCCUUUCAGACUACAUAAUCCAGGCCCCAAAAAGGCUC